AUGUCAGAGGGAGGAACUGUUGCUUCUGACAGAGGACAGCCAAUAAAGAGAAAAUUAGUGGAAUCAGAUGAUUCUGAUUUUCAAGAAGAAAUUCCUUCUUCUAAGAAGAUUAGAACAAAUUUAGAAGCAUCAGCAAGUGCUCCAAAGAUAUCAUGCAAAAAACUACAUGCUAACACUGCAACAAAAUCACUCAAAUCUGUUGUUGUAGAUACCAUUGACAAGCAACAAGGCCUUAAGCUCUAUGAUCCAUUUUUUGAAGUCGAGCAGUAUUUUACUACUAGGAUCAAUCAUAAUGUUGGAAACAGCGUUAUUUCGAACAUCAAAUCAAAACUUAGCGAGAAACAACUCACCCUUUUUUCUUCAACAUGCUUUGAAAAUUUUUUAAAUAUAAAAGGGUAUGAAUUGCAAUGCAAUUUAAUUCAUGGCUUGUUGUUAAGGGAGGUGAAGCAACCAGCUCCGUAUGAAAUGUGGGUUAGAAUCUGUGGCAAAUUGUUGAAAUUUGGAUUAGAAGAGUUUAUCAUUGUGACUGGGCUAAAAAGUACUGGGGAGUCAGAUAGGUCUAAAUAUGCUUCUUUUGAAAGUUCUUUAAAAGCAAAAUACUUCACUGGAUUGAACAAGAUUUCAAAGAAAAGUGUUGAAGAGUGUUUUCUAUUGAAAAGAUGGGAAUUUGAUGAAGAUGCAGUGAAACUAGCAAUAUUGUAUUUCAUCGAGUUGUUCCUAUAUAACAACAAGUCGGAGAGGUUAGUUGUUGAUUCAACUAUUUAUUUAGUUGAUUCGGGGUUGUUUGAGGAUUUUGCUUGGGGUAAGGACUUAUUCCACUGUACUAUCGAGUUCUUGAAGAACAAGUUCAAGUCUCUAAAUACUUUGACUUGA